AAUUAUUAUCUCCGCAGCCAUUUUGUUUUUGCUCAAGCACCGCCAUAUCGUUAUGCAUGCCUAAUUAUUUCAAUUUAUUCGCUAGCGUAGAAUGCAACUGCCGAAAUGUAUCCUAUGAGUAAGUAGACAUCCUUCGAUUUAUAAUUUACCUUUUUUUAACGUGUUCAGAUCGUGCCCGAUUGCUCGUAAAUUAAAGAAAACGCAAACUAGCAGUCUCGUGCAGGUUUAACGGGCCCGUCUUAAUUAGUCAUUUUUUCUUAGUCACACGCUUACUACUCUCAUUAAUCGAGUCAUUCCGAACUAUUCAUUUAGUGUUCGGGAUCUGUGGAUGUAAGAUAUUGUUUGAUCGUUUAUGAGUGAUUUUUACGCGUUCAGACGACAUGCUCUUUGUGUUUACUCAAUAACUCAAGUAGAGUUAUAAACGUGGAUAUAACCGUAACUACUGACUGAAGUUUUAGCAUUUGGCUAAUUUCUUUAAAAAACUAACGGAUAGCUGAUUUAAAACGCUGAGAAUUUUGUGAACACGUGUUGUUAAAAAAUUGAAACAAUCUGAUACGAUUGUUGUCAGCUGAAUAGGGAUAUAAAUAUGAAUAACGAACAAUGGAUAAGUUAUAUUCCUCCUCAGAGAAAUAAUUUAGAGGAUAGAAGUCCUGUUACGCCUGUAGCCUAUGGUUUGAGUGAUUCUCAAACCAGUACACUGGCUCUUAGCUAUUUAACAACAGUUGACCCGUUUACUUUGAAAGCGCAGUACGAUAUGUUUGAAGAUCAUUCGGCCGUUUUAAAUGACGAUUUCAAAGACUUGCAUAUAGCAGCUGCUCUACCUCCUUACACAACCGAACUCGCCGAUUCAAUUAAACAAUCAAAGUUUUUCGGCUCUGGAGCUCCUCUUGCUGCUCCUGGUAUCAAUAAUGGUCUUGGUGCCUUACCCCAUGGUCCCCCAGCGCCUAUUCAAAGACCACUAGGACCACCAGGUCCCCAUAACCCGCCGAUAGGUCCGCCACCAGGCAGUUAUCCUCCAGGAUUACCAGCAGGUAGCCCCCCGGCUCAUCCUUUGGGACCACCGGGAGGAGGACCCCCUCCUCAGCCUCCACCAGGCGGUGGUUCUGGUCAAUAUGGCGAGUUUCGAUGUCCUCCAAGACCAAACAUUGGCUGCGAAGGUCGUCCGAUAUCGUUAAGGGCAAAUCAUUUUGCUGUCACGAUUCCGAGGGGUUCAAUAAAUCACUAUGAUAUAGGGAUUUCACCAGAAAAAUGCCCACGCCGCGUAAAUCGCGAAAUCGUCGAGACAAUGGUUAAGGCAUAUUCACAAAAGAUUUUCAAUGGUCAGAAACCCGUUUUCGAUGGUCGCAAGAAUUUAUACUCUAAGGAUCCUCUACCUAUUGGAAGGGAUAAAAUGGAGUUGGAAGUAACUUUACCAGGGGAUGGCAAAGACAGGACCUUUAAGGUGACAAUAAAGUGGGUCGCUAAUAUAUCCCUAUACAACCUGGAAGAAGCUCUUCAAGGUAAACAACCCAAUAUGCCACAAGAUGCUAUUUCUGCUUUGGACGUCGUUAUGCGUCAUCUUCCCAGUAUGAAAUAUACCCCAGUGGGGCGCUCGUUUUUCCAACCUUCUCAGCAGUAUGAACACCCGUUGGGAGGUGGCAGAGAAGUGUGGUUCGGCUUCCAUCAGUCUGUAAGACCCUGUCACUGGAAAAUGAUGAUGAAUAUUGAUGCGUCGGCGACUGCCUUUUACAAAGCUCAACCAGUUAUCGACUUCAUGGCGGAAGUUUUAGAAAUGCAUGAUCCACGUGAUCAAAAACGACCCUUGACGGAUGCCCAACGAGUGAAAUUUACAAAGGAAAUACGCGGUUUGAAAGUUGAAAUAACCCAUUGCGGUGAAAUGAAGAGAAAAUAUCGGGUAUGCAACGUAACUAGGCGACCUGCUCAAACUCAAUCGUUCCCCUUGCAAUUGGAGAGCGGACAGACAGUUGAGUGUACUGUAGCCAAGUACUUCAACGACCGAUACCAAGUUCGAUUAAAUUUUCCUCAUUUACCUUGCCUGCAAGUUGGUCAGGAGCAAAAGCACACUUAUCUGCCUCUGGAAGUUUGCAAUAUUGUAGGAGGACAACGCUGCAUCAAAAAGCUGACGGAUAUGCAAACUUCAACUAUGAUAAAGGCCACUGCAAGAUCUGCACCUGAGAGGGAGAAGGAAAUUAAGAAUUUAGUUGAGGAGGCUGACUUUCAGAACGACCAAUACAUGAAAACGUUUAACUUGACGAUAGAUAAGAGUAUGACGGAAGUUCAGGGCCGCGUCUUGCCUGCUCCUAAAUUGCAAUAUGGUGGACGGACCAAAGUCCAAGUUGUUCCUAAUCAAGGUGUAUGGGAUAUGAGAGGAAAGCAAUUAUACCAGGGAAUACAGAUACGAGUUUGGGCUAUUGCUUGCUUUGCUCCUCAAAGAACAGUUGGGGAAGAAGCUUUGAGAUCGUUCACUAAUCAGUUGCAAAAGAUUUCAAACGACGCCGGAAUGCCUAUUACCGGACAGCCGAGCUUCUGUAAAUACGCGAAUGGUCCCGAUCAUGUUGAACCUAUGUUUCGCUAUUUAAAAAACACUUAUCCUGGACUUCAGUUGAUUGUCGUAGUUCUUCCGGGUAAAACUCCGGUUUAUGCUGAAGUAAAGAGAGUUGGCGAUGUUAUAUUCGGUAUGGCUACGCAGUGUGUGCAAGCAAAGAAUGUGAACAAAACUUCCCCCCAAACGCUCUCCAACCUCUGCUUGAAAAUAAACGUCAAGCUAGGCGGCAUAAACAACAUUUUGAUGCCGAGUGUCAGACCUAAUGUCUUCCGGGAGCCAGUCAUAUUUAUGGGGGCUGAUGUUACGCAUCCACCAGCUUCAGAUAGAACGAAGCCAUCUAUAGCAGCUAUUGUAGGUUCUAUGGAUGCUCAUCCAAGCCGCUAUGCAGCAACAGUACGGGUUCAACAACAUAGAUCGGAAACGAUUCAAGAUUUAUCGGCUAUGGUUAAAGAUUUACUCGUUCAAUUUUACAGAAGUACCCACUUUAAGCCAAAUCGUAUUAUUUUUUACCGUGACGGCGUUAGUGAGGGCCAAUUCCAACAGAUAUUACAGAACGAGCUCAAGGAUAUAAGAAAGGCCUGCAUUGCUCUAGAACAAAAUUAUCAACCGGGAAUAACUUUUGUUGUCGUUCAGAAACGACAUCAUACUCGUCUAUUCUGCGCCGACAAAAAGGAUCAGAUUGGAAGAUCGUCGAAUGUGCCUGCUGGUACUACCGUUGAUAAUUCUAUAGUUCAUCCAACAGAGUUUGACUUCUAUCUCUGCUCUCACGCUGGUAUACAAGGCACGUCUAGACCAUCUCACUACCAUGUGCUAUGGGAUGACAAUCGCUUCAAUGCCGACGAUCUGCAGAUGCUCACUUAUCAGCUUUGUCACACUUACGUAAGGUGCACUAGGAGCGUCUCAAUCCCAGCACCAGCGUACUAUGCUCAUCUUGUGGCAUUUAGGGCGCGAUACCAUCUCGUUGAGAAAGAGCAUGAUAGUGGCGAGGGUUCUAGUAAUGUAAGUGGAAAUAGUGAUGAGCAUAAUUUGUCUUCGUUGAUGCGAGCCAUUCAGGUUCAUCAGCAAUCAACGAAUGUCAUGUAUUUCGCUUAA